CUUUACCAACUUCUCUUUGUUAUUCUCUCCUCAUUCGUAAACUUGGAAAAUUUGCUUUUAGUUAAGUUUUAUCAGGCAAUUUGUUUUGUAUUUUAAAUUAACUCGUAUGGGACGUUUUUAGCUCUGGUGUUACCAAUACGCAACAAAAAUCGUUCCGCUGUGCUUUUUUUUUGCUGAAAAUUAUUAAAACAUUAAAGGAAUAAAAGAUAUAUUACAAAAAUGGAUGAAGCCGAACUAACAAGAAAAGCUGUCGAGGAAAUAAUGCGAGAAAUGCAAAUGCAAAAGGAGGCCGAUGUGUUGCCAAGAAUCCAAGAACGAAAAAUUAACCCCCUGGGUAAACCAAAUAAAGAUUUCUUGGAUCGCACCAUUAACUCGGUGAUGAAUCACAACAAACGUCAACACGAUCGCAACUUUAAAAAUUGCCAACGAAAGCUACGAGAUAUGGAUGCUACCAGCAGGGAUCGUAGAAAACGUAGAUUUUCCAGUCACAAAACGCCAAGUGGUACAGAUUCAGAAAGUUCUUCAGAUGCCGAGAAGAAAUAUCACAAGAAUAAGAGGAACAAGAAACUAACAAAAAAGAAAAAGAAGAAACAUAAAAAACAACGCUCAUCCUCUUCAUCAUCAUCGUCGUCGUCGUCCUCGAGCUCAUCAUCUUCUCCCUCAACAUUGUCCUCGGCCACAUCCUCCGAAUCGAUUGAUAGCAAUGAGGAGUUGGGAAAAAAGAAAAAACGGAAAAAACAUAAAAAGAAACAUCACAAAAAGGAGGAAGAAGAAGAAGAGCACAUUGAAGCCGACCAAUAUUACCAAGAAGGUACAAUGGACCACCCAGAUCCCCGUUUAGGUCUCUAUAUGGAUCCCAAUAUGGCAUUGGCGGCAGCCAUGGCCUAUAAUCAAAUGAGUCAUUUGCUGCAGGCCAACGCUCGAGAUCCUGAAUUGGAUAUACUCAAAGAAGAGCUAGAAAGUGAUCCGGAAAAGCAAGACAUUCCCAGUGAUUUAAGUUUAACAUAUCAUACCUCAGAAUCGGAAGAUUUGAAUAUUAGUCUGAAUAGCUCCUCAGCGGAGGAAGAUGAAAAUGGUAUAUUAACAUUUAAUUUAUCAUCAGAUGAGGAGAAAAAACAGAAGCUGAAAUCUAGCAAAAAACAAGCCAAGGAAAACGGUACAAAUCCGGAAUCAAUCACUUAUGUUUUGGACAAUGAAAGUGAUAAAGAGGAUUUGGAAAGUGUUCAUUCACAUAUAUCUCUUAAAUCAGAUGUUUCGGAUCGGGGAAAUAAAAUUACAAACAAUAUUGUAUCGAUUUUAAGUAGUUCGUCUUCAGAUUCCGAUUGUCAGGAGGUGGAAUUAUCAGAGCAGCCUGUACCAAAAGAGGCUGUGGAGACUACACAGGAUCUUGAGGAUAGUGUUCCAAGUGUAAAUUUGGAAGUUAAUAAUACUUCGCCCCCACAUGAUGUUAUGGAAGUGAGCAGAAUUGUACCUGAGGACACAGAGAACCUGGAAGCAAAUGAGAAUGAUAAAAAUGAAACUCAAGCAAAAGAUAACAAAGAAAUUACAGAAAUCAAGGAUAUUCCUGAUGAGACAGAGGAAAAUGUCUCGGAAAAUAAUGAAGGCAAUGAAGUUGAAGGGAAUAAAGAAAGCUCUCAGGAAAAUGCCAACAAUGAAACGUCUGAAAAUGUCUCGGAAAAUAAAGAAGGCAGCGAAAUUGAAGAGAAUAAAAAUGACAGUAAGGAAAAUAGGAACAUAGAAUGUACUUUGGCAAGCGUUGAGGAUAAUAGCACCGCUGCAAUGUCAAAAACAGAUUCUGUAAAAGAAGAAGUUUAUUAUGAAAAUCUGCUUUCAAAGGAAAUUAAAACUGCUACAAAUGUACCCGAGAAUACCAACAUUGAUCCUUCCGCCACAAAAGAUGAAAUUUCUGUAGAAAAACCAUAUCAAUCUGAAGAUUCUAAUGAAAAUAUGGAUAAUAACCAGGACCAGAAAGACAUGGUAGACAGAGAAAAUCGCGGUAAGACAGAAUGUGAAGAAGUGACAAGUAAAGAUGAAAAUCUCAUUGAAGCACCCACCGAAGCUGAUUCAAAUGAAGCAAUAGAAGAGUCCUUAGAUCGAAAUAACUCUAGCCCUACCCAACAUCCAGCUACGAACAAGGAAUCUGAAAACAAAACAAAUUUGUGUGACGAAACUAGUAACUCAUCUAUGGAAGAGGAUGCUGAACAUGAAAGUCAUAAUCAAAACUCUGAACCUGCCCCUGAAACAGUAGUCGAUUUGACAAGUGAUUAGUUUAAUAUUUGAAAAUAUAAACAUUUAUUUGUAAAAAAAAAUAAUUUAAGUUUAUUUUGUAUUUAGCGCGAAAUAAUGUUAUUUAUUUACAUAAAAAUAAAGUAAGAUAAAAAUAA